GUCACGAUGCGAUAUUCUUCCCCACCGUGAUGUUCCUCCUCCCCCCCUCCUCCCUCCUCCUUGUCUUUUCAUUGAUCCCAGCUGCCCUCGCCCACUCAAAUCCUAAAACUGAUGCAGAAAUUGAGGUCCAGCGAUCGCUGCAACAGGCAGCUUACCACUGCGCACCAGCAGUAGCUCAGUUCACCGCUCAGCGCAAACGAGCUUGGGCUCAGAAGGUCCUCGCUGGUAAUCCAUCUCUACCUGCCUACCAGGAUUUAUUCACUUCAUACAAUGAUGCUACCGAUGGAGAGAAAGCCGUUCCAGGCGAGGAGGGGCAGGAGCUCAUGAGCUGCACACCGGUAACCGAAGAGGCCAAAAUGGAGAACAACUCUUGCGUGCUGACCCCCAUCGUAACGCAAGGUCCUUACUAUCACCUUGCUGGUCACCCCAUACGCCAAAACAUUGCCGAGUACCAAGCCGGCCUCCUUCUUCUCCUUGAUAUCGGCGUCAUUGAUGUAGAGACAUGCCAACCACUUCCUAAUGUUCUUGUCGACAUAUGGCAAGCAAAUGCUACUGGUCACUACGCCGGACACCCCACACCGAAACCAGAGCUCGCCAACGAGAAACCUCAGGUUGGCGGGAAACGAACUGGUCUCCUCACUGCUUUUCCCAGGACGAAUGAUCAUGAGACAUUCCUACGAGGCGCUUGGCCCACCAACGAGAAUGGUGUUGCACAAUUCACGACUAUCUUUCCGGGUUACUACACAGGUCGCGCGACACACAUCCACACCAAAGUCUUCCAGUCAUGGACGACCCUCCCGAACGGCACGUUCGAGGCAGGCAAGCUCUCCCAUGUCGGGCAGUUCUUCUUCGACGACGAAGUGAAUCUUCAAGUCGACAAGAUGCAUCCAUAUACCGGAAACCCUAUCAAAGACACUAUCGGCCGCACGCGGAACUGGCGCGACUCGCUGAACAUCUUUGAAGACUCGCAAGGUCCGGAGGGGAAAUACGAUCCCGUGUUCAAAUUGCAUUUAUUGGGUGGGGUUAUCACUCAGGGUCUUGCAGGGUUCAUCACGAUGGGCAUCAACUCGAGCGUUGAGCUCGAUAACUGGUUGAAGCCUUGAAGCUUGAAGGCCUACAAUUGAACGACGGGAUGGAUAUAUAGCAUGUACAACUAAUUAAUAUUGCGCCAUGGUGUGCUUGGAUUCGACGAUGCAUAGCCGAGUAGUAAAAUCUAUGAGGUCGCUGUAAGGAGUAAG